AUGCACAAGUGCUUGAACAAGCGAAAGCGUUGUUUGAUGGGCAAAGGAAUUGGGUUUGGUACCAACUUCUCAAACACAGCAUCGCUACUUUGGCACGCAUAUCAUUCCUUGCCUUCUCCAUCCUCCGCAGUCAACUGGGCGGGUUUCUACUUCACAUCGCCUACAAAUUCGUCACAACUAUUGCUAGGCCCCUUCCAAGGACAAGUAGCAUGUCAGGUGAUUAACUUCGGUCGUGGGGUAUGCGGAACUGCGGCGAAAGAGGCAAGGACGCAGUUAGUUGAAGACGUCGAGAAGUUCCCAGGACACAUUGCAUGUGACGGAGCGAGUCGGAGUGAAAUUGUUGUUCCCAUUGUACAAGAUGGAAAGGUCGUAGCAAUUAUCGACGUAGAUUGUGCGGAACUCAAUGGCUUCAACGCGGAGGACCAGGAAGCCUUAGAAGAGUUGGCUGAGUUAUUGGCACGAUCGUGCGAUUUUUGA